AUGAAGUCGAUUUUCUCCCUCGCUGCCGCUGCCGCCCUCGUCGGCCUGUCCAACAGCACGCCACUCCCUGACGCAACAGCCGCCGCUCACGGCCCCUACCACAUCUCAGGCUUCUUCGCCUCAAAGCCGCAUUUGAGCAGUGGCUGCCGAUUCGAAUUCAACCUAACAUCCCCCACCCUCCCCUCCACCCCCCCAGUCUACUGCUGGGCCUCAGUCGAGCUAGGCUUCUCAGGCGCAACCUGGCUGGGGUAUGUGUAUCAAGGACUAGGUCACUGCGAUAACGAGAGGGUCGACUGGACGUUCAACCAUCCCAGAGGGGCAGAGACGGAUAGAAACGACGCGGUGUUUAAUGUCACGGUUGACGGGGUGUUGGGGACGUAUAGGGUGCCGAAGGAGGAUAUCUAUGUGAAUUUGAACGAUGAGGGGAAUCCGUUUGAUAAUGAUGUCAGUUAUAGCGGGCCGAGGGAGUUUGAGAUUGUGGAUUUCCCUGGGGGGAACUAG